AUGCCCAUAUACGGCAGGCAGGCUUCGGUUUUGGAUGUUACCCUGAGUCCUUCGCCGACGGGCGAGGCUGCUGAAUUAAUCGCCACCAUUAAAAACGUCGGUUCUGAGGACCUCAAUCUGCUACGAGUUGGUACUCUUCUCGACGAAGUAUUGCCGGUUCAGAAAGUCUCCGUCGUAGAUGAGUCAGGCGCGGAAGCUCCUUUCAGGGGAAUCCACGCGAGCAUCCGUCACGAUGCUCUUACGGCCAAGAACUUCCGCCUACUAAAGGCGUCGGAGUCUUUCGACACGGUUAUCAAAGCUGCUACUGUACACAAGUUUGAAAAAUCCGGAACAUAUACGUUCAGGGCCACUGGAUUGAUCCCGGUAGCAGCGGCUGGAUCUACUGAGCUGUCCGGCCCGGCGAUAUUGAUUUAUUCUAACAGUAUAAGUCUUCACGUCGAUGCUCAAAGUGCCGCGGCCGUCCCUAAACUUCUGAGUUUGAAUCCUCUCGAAGGACGCACGAACAUAGCAGAUGGCUGCAACGCCACGCAGCUAGCAGCAAGCACCGCAGCCCUCGCCAACUGCAAAACCCUAGCUCUAGCAGCCGCAGCUGAUGCCGCAGACCAGUCAUCCUCUCGAUUCGUCGAGUAUUUCAAGACCAACUCAUCGACGACGCGGCAGACUGUCGUCGAUAGGUUAACGGCGGCAGCGAAAGAGUGUUCGACGACUGAUUCGGGACCGUCGCGAUAUUUCUGUUACGACUACUACAACAUAUGCGAGACGGAGGGACCGUUGAACGCAUAUACCAAGUGGGAUUUUGAUUUCGUCGUCAUGUGCCCGCUAUUCUACGAUACGCUUCCUGCGCUGCCCCAAGGCUGCCAUCGCCAAUGCCAGGCUACGACCACGAUACACGAGAUAACUCAUUGCGAAGACGUAUAUAGCCCGCAUACGAACGACUUUGUAUACGGGUAUAACGAGAGCGUUGCUUUAUCGCCUGAACAGGCGUUGCUUAACGCAGACAGUUACUCACUUUAUGCUAAUGCUGUAUAUUUGAAGUGUUAA